CCUGGAUACAAAAAGAACGUCCCAAAAAUCUCCGCGCAACAUGCCUAUCAUGCUCCCCUACCUUCCGUUGGGGACUGCGCAGAUUGUAAGCGCGCCGCAGCAGCAAUACGGGCAGGUUUAUACGCAUCAGUACGAUCGGCGACGAGGGCAGGACGCAGAGCAGGCAGAGCAGGCGAAGCGGUGGCAUUUACCGAGGAUUGGACUGGAACCUGUGAGGCUGCUCGGGGGUGGUGUGUACUCGCGAAGACACAAAGAACUUCUGGAAGCACAGAAAAGAGCCCGCGAAGCCGAAGCGGCGCAAGCUCAGCGAAAAAUCAUGCGGCUAGCGAGGGAGGCCAGUCAACGGCAGAGGGCACUCGACAACGCACUCCGAGAACGAGACCUCGCCAACCAGCGUUGGAAAGAAUCAAAAGAGCUGCGCCGGAUACAAGAACAAGCCGCCCACCCUUCACUGCCACCAUGGCGUCUCGGCGCUUGUGCCGCCGUCGCGUCCGAUACGCGGGCCCCAGGACGCGAGAAAAGUUACUCUCAGCGCACGAUAUCGAGUGCACGCUCGCAUCAACAUGCGGCGGCCGUGUCGUCGGAAGGACUGCAUUUUGCGGACGGGCCGCCGACGGGAUAUAGCACGGGCUUCAAUCCCGUGAGAAGAGACUAUGCGGAGUCGGACUAUACGAGUACACGGUCUUCCAGCGCGGCUGCGCCUGUGAUUCCGAGGAGGACGCUUGGAGAUGCUUAUCUGAGCUACCCAACGACGCAUAACGGCCGCAACCUGCGCGCUGUCAAGGGCUACUCCGUGGAGAUUCAUGACAAGCGGAAUGAUGUAGCUGAGGUAAUGUCCGCGCCAUCUGCGUCCCGACAAGGCUCUGCCAGAAGCAGAGCCAACAACGAACAAGGCAGCAUCGUUUCUCUUCCAGCCACAGCCGGCACCAUAAGCGACGUCGCAGCACCGAUAGACGCCGCAACGGCUUCAUCAGCGCCGACAUCCUCAGAAAGCGAGGGUGGGUCAGCAGCUAAGAUAAUUGACCUGUUCCCUGCGGUUGAAGGGUCGGUCGAGGCGCUCGGGCUGCCUGAUGAGUUAAUACAUGGAGACAGCUCGAGAGAGACGUGGAUCCAGUCUGCGAAGACUCAAAGUGAGGGCUCGAUGCAUUUGCGGCCGAUGAGCCCGUCGAAAGCGGACAAGCAGUCGGCGGUAGGAGUUCCGCUGGAGUGGGCUGCGAGCACGAACACAGAUAUCGACUCGGGGCUGUCCCGAGCUGUUUCGACGGCGGAAAAGGGAAAGGAGGAGUCGUCGGCCGCACCUAGCGGGCCUACUUCGCCGGGGGAUGUGCCACCGAGUACCACUCAAACAGCUUCGGCAACGCCACGGACGUCACAUAGCCGUGCAAGACCACCUUCGGGGCGAGUCAGACCGUCCGCGAUGAGUUCCCGCCCGACCUCAGGAGCGAGACCGCAAAGUGCAAAGAGCAUCAAGUUCGCAGAGACGGCGGAGAUAAUGGGCGGAGAGGACGAUUACGGGAGGGGUGCAACGGUGGACGAAGAUGAACCCAGGUCGCGCAUUACGACAGCUCAUGGUCGAGAUAAGAAGGACGGUAAUAGUAAGGAAAGUGCGGCGUUGGGAGAUUUCGAGAAUCACAACAGAUCAACGGGCGCAAUCGCACGAUCGAGUUCGUCCAGUCACUCCCUGGACCUGUAUCCGGAUCCCCAUCUUCCACAACCUCGACCACACCCCAACGCAACCACGAAUCAACCCAGCAAACCGCGGGUCAAACAGUCGGUUGGUAAGCCAGGCAGCCUGCCAGAAACGAUUCUGCGUGCAUUACAGGAUGACCCAGAGCGCAUUGUGCCGCACGCCAUCAAGGAGAUGCUGAGGCAGGAUGCGCUUGCGGCGCAGUUGCUGAGGUCCGGUCAGUCGAAUGGAUCUCAGGCGUCGGCGGAACGAACUGAGGCAUCAAAGGCAGGCUCGGCAUCUACGGUACCUUCGCGGAUUCCGCGGUUUCGGAGCGCUCCGCCUGGCAAACGAAGUAAACUUGUCCCUCAUAGGAUACCCGUGUCGUCCGACAAGAUGUUGAAGACUUGGAAAGUACGAGAUCAACAAGGCUCGACCGAGAUCUAUAUGUACGCGGGUAAAGACACCCGGAGUGAAACAGGCCUGGACAAGCCCCGUUUCGGGAAAAUCCAACUACAUGAGGCCCGCACAACCGAAAAGAUUAGCGGUAACAUCCCGCGCACUUUGAGCUCGGCGGUCCCCGCCGUCGGAGGUAGUCGGGACAACUUAGGCGACGCCAGUAGACAUUCGACAUCACUGCGCGCCCAAGAGGAUCAUUUGCUGCAGAGUAUUGAGGAUAUCGAUAGGGCACUGAAGCCGAAAUUGACGCAACUGAUCUUGAGUAGGGUGUUCUUUUGAAACAAGAACGUUUUGGGGGACUGGAUCUCGAGAUUUCGUUCAACCUCUGGCUUUUACAUAUCAUCCUAAAAUUGUACAUAGUGGAGAAUACGCAUUUUCUGG